AUGGAGGGUACCAGAAAAAGUUCCACAGGAAGUUCAGUUAAUGAAGAAAACAGCUAUAAUGAAUCAGCUUCCCCUGAAGAGAAAUAUUGCAGAAAAGAAGCUAUGAAGGAAGAUGAAGUUGAAUCAACCAAAGCCAAAAUGACAGGAGUGAGAGAGGAAAAUGCAAGACUAAAGAUGCAGCUACAACAAAUAGAGAAGGAUCACAGAACUCUACAACUGCGAUUCUUUGAUAUUCUUCGAGAAACCAAGCAAGACAACAAUCCAACUGAUCCCACCAUUGAAGAAGACACUGAACUCGUAUCUCUUCGACUCGGAAUGAGUUCAAGAGAUCAGUCUAAAAAGGAAGAGAGAAAUACUAGCAGCAGAGAAGAAAAUGAGGAACUUAAAGUUGGAUCAGACUACAAUUUAACGGGGUCAGAAACAGGAUCCAUGGAGUUUAAGACACUGAGAAGUGAAGAAGAUGAACUUUCUCAAACCAAUUUAAAGAGAGCUAGAGUUUCUGUAAGAGCGAAAUGUGAGACCACAACAAUGAAUGAUGGGUGCCAAUGGCGAAAAUAUGGACAGAAAAUUUCAAAGGGCAAUCCAUGUCCACGGGCAUACUAUCGGUGUACAGUUUCCCCAUCAUGCCCAGUCAGAAAACAAGUGCAACGAUGUUCAGAAGACACAUCAAUCUUGAUCACAACAUAUGAAGGAACUCAUAACCACCCACUACCAAUUUCUGCCACUGCCAUGGCUUCCACCACCUCGGCAGCAGCUUCAAUGCUUCUCUCUGGAUCAUCAAAUUCUCAACCGGGGCUUGUAUCAUCACCAGCCAACAUUGACCCAACUUCCAGUCUUAGAGGGCCAAAUCCCAAUCUCUCUGAUAUUUCCCUAGCACGGGCAUUCUAUUUGCCCAACUCCUCUUCAACUCCAUUUCCUACAAUCACUUUAGACCUCACCACUAAUCCACCCACCACCGCAUCAAGUGGUUUCAGCAUGUUCUCAUCGAGUUUCAAAUCAAUUCCAAGAGCUCCUUCAACAAGUUUGAGUUUUUCUUCUUCAGAAUCCUACAUGCUACCGACAGUUUGGGGCAAUGGAAGCCUUAAUUAUGGUAUAUAUAAUAGUAACCAUGUUAGCUCCGCAUACUUUAGAAGACCGUCACAAGAACAAUCAUCUCAAUCAUACCCAGAAAAGUUAAACCAACAAGAGGCUCUAACACAAACCUUAACUACGGUAAUUAAGUCAGAUCCGAGUUUACAAUCAGUAAUAACUACCGCUAUUUCAUCAUUGGUGGCUAAUGGCAGUACAGCACAAGUGAAUAAAGAUAAAGGCAAAAAUAUAGGCCAGAAGUAG